AUGCCCCCGGGGCUGACACUGGCACUGGCCACAGCUCGGGGCAGAGGGCACCGAGCACACCCUGCCGGAGCUGCCCGUGGGGGCUCCCCAGGCCGCGGGGCGGGCAGGGCAGUGCCCGCAGGGCCGGGGCUGGGGCCCGGCGCAGGCAGCGGCGGCGGCGUGGCCGUGGCCGGACGAGAGCCUCGUGGCUGCCACAGCAUGGUACAGGCCUGCUGGGUGUGCUGCAGGGUUCCUAAGGCAGCCAUGGAGAAGGCAGACAGGGCCAGCCCGGCUGCCAGGAAGCGCCUGCAGGAGAGGAGAGGCUCCAACGUGUCUCUGGUGCUGGACAUGAGCUCUCUGGGCAGCGUGGAGCCCAUCCAGGCUGUCUGCACGCCCCGGGACGUCACCCUGAGCUUCCUGAGGACAUCCAGCCACCUGCUGAGGAGAGAGGAGCUCCAGCAGCGUGCCCAGAGCCUGAGGCAGCUCCAGGAGGAGUUCUCGAACAUUCCCCCCAACUUCGCCAGCCCUGAGGAGCUGCAGGUCCCUGGGCACGCUGCCAAGGACAGAUACAGAAGCAUCCUGCCCAAUCCCGAGAGCCGAGUCUGCCUCCGGAGGGCAGGGCGCCAGGAGGAAGGCAGCUACAUAAAUGCCAACUACAUCACGGGCUUUGCAGGGCGCCCCCGGGAGUACAUUGCCACCCAGGGCCCCAUGCUGAACACCGUGGCAGACUUCUGGGAGAUGGUGUGGCAGGAGGAGGUGCCUCUGAUCGUCAUGAUCACCAAGCUGCAGGAGCGCAAGGAGAAGUGUGUCCACUACUGGCCCGAGAAGGAGGGCACCUACGGCCCCUUCCUCAUCUGCGUGCGGGGGGUGAGCCAGUGCCUGGAGUACGUGGUGCGGGAUCUGUCCAUCCAGCUCGCAGGUGAACGCCGGCAGCUCAAGCACAUCAUCUUCCCCUCCUGGCCUGACCAGCAGACACCUGAGUCAGCCAGGGCCCUGCUGCACCUGGUGGCCAAGGUGGAGGAGACUCUGCAGGCUGCAGUGAGCCCAGGGCCCAUUGUGGUGCACUGCAGCGCGGGCAUCGGCAGGACCGGCUGCUUCAUCGCCACCAGGAUCGGCUGCCAGCAGCUGAGGGCCCAGGGCCAGGUGGACGUCCUGGGCAUCGUGUGCCACCUGCGCAUCGACAGGGGUGGAAUGAUCCAGACCAGUGAGCAGUACCAGUUUCUCCAUCACACACUUGCUCUCUAUGCUUCCCAGCUGCCAGAGCAGGGAGGCCACUAGUGCAGGGCUCCCACUGGGCUGCCAGCUCCCCACUCUGACCUCUCCUGCACCAGCCUUGGGGAUACCUCCACCAAAACCCUUCCUGCUGCUGUCAGGCCACGGAGCAGCAACAUCAGCAUCUCCCAGGAUGAGCACAGCUGAGCAAACCCUGGGCACUGUGGCCUUGUGAUCCUGGGGACAGCCAAGGUUUAGAGGCUCCAGGUGGAUCCAGUGGUGCUCACAGUGGCUCCUGCUGCUGGCUCGGGGCAGACUUCACCACAGAAGGAAGCUUUGGCUUGCAGAAGCUGCAGUGCUUUCUCCUCAAGCAGAGCAAAGCUGGGGGAAGGAGCUGAAGCUGGGUGAGCACUGGGAGCAGGUUUUGCCUUUCAGCUGUACAAGAAGGUUCACCCUGAUGGACGCAGAACUGCUGCACUUACACUGCAAGCAAACAGCCUCCUGACCACAGCAGCCCUGGGCAGGGCUGGGCUUGCCCCACACCAGCCACCAAGCUCCUCUGGCUAAAGAUACACCUUGGGGAUCUGGUCCAAGAGAUACACAGUUGGUUGCUUUCAUCAUGUAGUUUGCUCUCCUCUCCCAACACCUCCCCAGCAGGCUGGAGGCAGGGCAGACUCCUCAGGGUGUCUGCAGCUUUGCAGGCAGUGUGGCCCUGUGGCCUCUGCCCCAGCGAGGAGGGAGGAUAACCUCCUGCUCCUUUGCUGAAAUCAAAGCAAAAGCAUUGUUGGGGUUUGUUGGGUUGGGGUCUUGGCUUUUUUCACUGACAAACUGGGGGGAGAGGAAGAAGAGGGAGAAGCAUUUUAGCACAAAGCAUGGAGAUGGAAACCUUCUGUAAAAUACCUUUAAGCCAUUCAAAAGUGGCCUCCAUCUGCUGGGCACUGCGCA